ACAUGACACCUACAAUCAUCUCAAAGGAGCAUCUCUCUCUCAACAACAAGUCGAGAAAGCCAAUAGUGGAGAAGAUGCGCAGAGAACGUAUCAACAGCAGCAUUGAGCAGCUCAAGUGUCUUCUGGCUCCAGAGUUUCUCAACCAGCAGUCUGAUUCCAAGCUGGAGAAAGCAGAUAUCCUGGAGAUGACAGUCAGUUUCCUGAGACACCAGCGGUCUGUUCUAGACUCCAGUUCACAUGCUGUCAAUCAAGGCUUCUCCAGGUGUGUCCAUGAGAUUGUGCACUUCCUGUCCAAAGAUGAGAUGAAGACACAGAGCCAGAGAAGACUGCUGAAACACUUCCAGAACCUGCAGACAUCAUGUGAGCAGAACAGGAGGGAAAGUGUCCUGACUCAGCUGAUCUCCUCAGACCAGAACACCUUCAGUAAAGAGAUGAAUGUCAACAAGAGCAUCAUCUGGAGACCUUGGUAGAACCCUACAUGAACUGAUCAUGUUUGAAUGCACAAAACAAUUAUGUUUCUCGUUUUGAGAAGAGUGUUUAACCAGUUCCACUAUGGAAAAGAUUUUUGUACUGAUAAGUACUCUGAUGAUUUUAUCUUCUAUGAAGACUUCAUGUAAAGAGGUCCAGAUGGGAAAAUAUACUGACGUCUAUAUUAGACAACAUUGACUUUUACAUUAGAUACAUUUAACAGUUUUCUUUACUGUAUUAUUGUCCUGUGUCAGGACUGAAAAGAGAUGGAUUUGUUAAGAGCCUCUCUUGAGGUUUUGGUAGAAUCUCAUAUAGGCGACAUUCUUUUAUGUAUUUUUAAGUACUUGUUUCUGUCUUCAGUGAAGAUUUUCUAAGAAUGUCAUGGACACAUUAUAUUAAUGAUUAAAUCUUUCAUUUGCUUUGAUUGACAUUUUAAUCUAAAUUUGCUUUUAUGAAAUCUAUUUUAAACUAUUUUUCUUUGAGGGAAAAUGUAAAUGGAAAAAUGUAGUUUUAUUAUCUGAAAAGGUUUUUUUGUUUGUUUGUUUUUGUGAUAUUUCAUGUUUGAAAUUGUAAUUAAGGUUACAGUCUCCAAUGUGACUAUUGUAACAAAAAAAGUCUUAAUUAACAUUAUCUUCAUAUUGAGAAAUGUUUGUGUAAUCAUGAACACUGCUACUGUGUGUUGAAUGAGAUUGUGUCUUUUGGAAAGACUGAAAACUCUGCUCUAUUAAGAGUAACAUGUGUCUUGGGGAAU